AACAAAAUGUUAAGAUACGGACACAGAAACACAUAUUGCGUUAGAGAGAGAAACCUCGGAUCGAAAUUGUUCUUCUAAAGUUCUUAUUUUUCUAACAACUAACCAUAUAUUGUUCAACUCUUUCCCUUUGAAUAUGACAUUAUGUAACUGAGGAUUGAGAUAUAUAUAGUGUGCAUGUGAAGACAAGGACAUUUCCAGAAAAAGUGUUUCUUAAAGACCCAGCAAAAAUCCAGGCCUCUGAUUCCUAAAUACACACUCCCUACAAUGCCAACACCAAUACUGUCUUCACGAUUACGAUUGCAAUCUAUUUCUAUUUGGUGGGGGAUCUAAAAAAUUUGAGCUUGGAUGCAAUGUGGGUUGAAUUAGGGCAGUUAUAGGUGUCCUACCUGUCAGGGUGACCCUCUUGGAUCUUCCACACAAUGGCAUUGUUCCGCAAGUUCUUCUAUAAGAAGCCCCCAGAUGGGCUUCUAGAAAUCACUGAAAGGGUUUAUGUCUUUGAUUACUGCUUUACCACGGAUGUUAUGGAAGAAGAAGAAUAUAGAGUGUAUCUAGGAGGAAUAAUUGGGCAACUUCGUGGUCACUUCCCUGAUGCUUCAUUUAUGGUGUUCAACAUGAGGGAGGGAGACUGCCAAAGCCAGAUUUCAAACAUUUUGUGUGACUACGAUAUGACUGUGAUAGACUAUCCUCGACAGUAUGAAGGGUGCCCAUUGCUUACCAUGGAGAUGAUCCAUCAUUUCUUGAGAUCAGGUGAAAACUGGCUUGAACUUGGGCAUCACAAUGUUGUCUUGAUGCAUUGUGAACGAGGUGGGUGGCCGUUAUUAGCAUUUAUGCUGGCUGCACUCUUGAUUUAUAGAAAGAUGUUUACAGGGGAGCAAAAAACACUAGACAUGAUAUACAAGCAAGCUCCUCGGGAACUUCUGCAGUUGAUGUCACCAUUGAAUCCUUUAGCUUCACAAUUGAGAUAUCUUCAGUACAUAUCAAGAAGAAAUGUUGGUUCAGAAUGGCCUCCUCUUGAUAGGGCACUUACUUUGGACUGUGUAAUUAUAAGACUCAUUCCUAACAUGGGUGGAGAGGGUGGCUGCCGUCCUAUAUUUAGAAUAUAUGGGCAAGACCCUUUUAUUCCUGCAGAUCGAACUCCCAAAGUUCUCUUCUCAACUCCAAAAAGGAGCAAACUUGUUCGCUACUGUAGGCAGGUGGUACCCAAGUCCUUUUACCCUAAUUUAAUAUGCUUUUUAACACCCUUUCUUUUGUUCUUACUACCUAUAUUGAGAUGUUCCUUCCAUUAUAUGUUCUUACUACCCGAAAUGUUUUUUUUUUCAUAUUUGUUUCAGACUGACUGUGAACUGGUUAAGAUUGACAUCCACUGUCAUGUUCAAGGUGAUGUUGUUUUUGAGUGUAUUCAUCUGUACAGUGAUUUAGAGCAUGAAGAAAUGAUGUUUCGGGUGAUGUUUAAUACAGCAUUCAUAAGAUCAAAUAUUUUGAUGCUUAACCGUGAUGAAAUUGACAUACUAUGGAAUGCUAAAGAUUGCUUCCCUAAGAAUUUUAGAGUGGAGGUUCUUUUCUCAGAUAUGGAUGCUUCAACUUCUGUUAUUUCAAUUGAUCUGCCUCGUGUUGAGGAGAAAGAUGGCCUCCCUGUUGAAGCAUUUGCGAAGGUCAAGGAGAUUUUCAGCAAUGUGGAUUGGCUAGAUUCAAAGGAAGAAGUAGCAAGUGUGCUCCAACAGAUCACAUCUUCAAAUAUGCUUCUGGAAAGAUUAGACUCUGGGGUUUCUGCUGCAACAAGUGACUUGCAAAAGGAGUCAUCUGAAAAGUCUUCAGCUGUUUUGAAGGCAUACAGUGAUACAAACAUUCAAACUUCUGCAGUUCAGGGGAAACAUUCUACAUCCUCAUUAGGAUCGUCUUUGGAUUUAGCUAUGGGAAAUAAGACUGAACCAUUAGAGUCAAAGACAUUGUCCAAAAAUGACAUUGAGACUCUUGAAUGUUCAGGUCAAGGGAACCAACCUAUUCACUCAUUUGGGCUCUCAAAAGAUUCAGAUUCUACUAAAAGGGGGACUGAGUCAUUAGAAUCCAAGGAGAAGGAUAUUGAGUCAUUAGCAUCCACUGAUGCAGAUUCAUUGGCAAAGAAGAUUGAUUUAUUAGGAUCAAAGGAGAAAACAUUUGAGUCACUCAACUCCGAGGCAUUUUUGGAAAAUGAUAGCAGAUUCAAAUAUGAACCUAGGCCGCUUGCAGAAGUUGAUAACUCAUCUGGUAGUGCUCCUAUGGAAAAGAAUAAUGACCCUCUAGAAUUAAAGGUAUCACCAGAAAAUACCCUCAAGACUUCUGCUUCCACGAGUCAGGGAAAACAGCUUACUCCCUCAUUUGGACUCAUAACAGAUUCUAGUUCUCCUGAAAAGCCAGUUGAAUCAUUAGACAAUGCCAAGGUUACAACAUCUAUGCCUCAUGUGGAGAAGUCUAUGCCCUCAAUUGAACCAUAUAAGGAUGCAUAUUCAAUGACACAUGACAUGGGACCAUUAGAAACAAAGUCAUUAACGGAUGGAAAUUCAAUAAAAGAGAAAAUGGGGCAAUUAGAGCAAAUGGUAUUGUCAGAAAAUGAUACCAAGAGUGUCACAUCCACAGCUCAGGGGAAACAAUAUAGUCCUUUACUUGAACAGCCCGUUGAAGCAAGCACAAUUAAAACGAAAAUUGAACCUCAUGAAUUGCAGGUUUCCCUCCAGCUUCCCACUCAAUCAAAAAUAAUUUCUUCACCGGUGCGUCCAGCUGUCCGAUCUGCUUCUGCUUCCACUUCUUAUUUUAACUCCUUAAAAGGUUCACCUGUAGCUAUCUCAAGAUAUCGUAGUGCACCAUCAGCUCUUGGAAUAACAUCUGUGUUGCAGGAUCAUGCAGCAGUGGAUAUCAAAGAAGUAACUCAUCCAGUGACAGUAUCUCCUCCAGCUUCUGUGUUGCCUCCUUCAGACUCCAAGGUGUUAAAUUCUGUAGAGCCUAGUCCCACAGCUAUUCCUCCAGCAUCAUCAUCGCCUUUGCUUCCAUCUUUACCUUUAAAAACUUCAGUUGAUGCUCUUAAAACCACGGAAAAAACUUUUGAAUCCCUUUCUCCUGCAGCUGUAACUACACCACCACCACCACCACCACCAUCUUCUCAAUGCGAUCACACUUCAAAUUUGAUGCAAUCUAAUGCUACUCAGUACCCUGAGAAUACAAAUGAGGGUAAGAAACCAUUGGUUGGUCCUCCUCCUCCUCCCCCAUCCCCUUCAAUGCUCGCUCCUCCAAUCCCAUCAUUUUCUCCAGCCCCUUCCCUUCCUGAAACAUCACUUUCCACAACCCAAGAUUCAUGUAAAGGUCCUCCUGCACCGCCACCUCCACCUGCGCUGUCUGGGUUUCCUUCUUCAUUGGGUAUAAAUGAAUCAGUUGCUAUACCUGGCCCUCCUCCUCCUCCCCCGCCUCCACCUCCUAGCCUUUCAAGUUCUGCACCACCAUUAGCACCACCACCACCACCAUUAGCACCACCACCACCACCAUUAGCACCACCACCACCACCACCCCCUCCUUCCGCUUCUGCAUUCCAAAAUUCUUUGUCUGAGAAUGGUCCUCCUGUACCCCCACCUCCACCUCCUAGCCUUUCUGGUUCAACAAUAUCACCUUCAGCGCCACCACCACCUCCUCCUCCAGGUUCUGCGUCCCAAAAUUCUUUGUCUAGCUCCACAAAUGUUCCACCUGUACCCCCACCUCCCCUUUCUGCCAAUGGAUUGUCAAAACCUGGAGUUCCUGGACCACCUUCUGUUCCUGGACCACCUUCUGCUCCUGGACCACCUUCUGCUCCUUUUGGUGAAAAGGGUCGUGGCCUGAUGCGAGCUAAUGCAAAAUUUCAGUCUAGGAGGAGCAAUCUGAAACCUUACCAUUGGCUAAAAUUAACAAGGGCGAUGCAAGGAAGCUUAUGGGCUGAGACACAGAAACUAGAUGAAUUUUGUAGGGCUCCAGAGUUUGACAUGUCAGAACUUGAAACUUUGUUCUCCGCAGCUUCCCCAGCUGCUAAUGAUGGAAAAGGAGGAAAGUUAAAUCGCCGUGCCUCUGGGCAAAAAGUUGAGAAAGUUCAACUGAUUGAGCUCAGGCGGGCCUAUAACUGUGAGAUCAUGCUUACAAAAGUCAAAAUUCCUUUGCCUGACUUGAUGAGUGCUGUGCUUGCAAUGGAUGAUACAGUAUUAGACAUUGAUCAACUUGAUAACCUCAUAAAAUUCUCUCCAACCAAAGAAGAGAUGGAAACACUCAAGAACUAUGCCGGGAAUAAGGACAACUUGGGAAAGUGUGAGCAGUUCUUCUUAGAAUUGAUGAAAGUUCCAAGAGUGGAAAGCAAGCUAAGAGUUUUCUCUUUUAAGAUGCAAUUCCUGUCCCAGGUUUCAGAGCUUAAAAGAGAUUUGAAUAUUGUGAAUUCUGCAUCUGAAGAGAUAAGGAAUUCAGUCAAGUUGAAAAGAAUCAUGCAGACUAUUCUUUCUCUGGGUAAUGCUUUGAACCAUGGAACUGCAAGAGGUGCGGCUGUUGGGUUUCGAUUGGAUAGUCUCCUUAAACUGACUGAUACACGAUCAAGAAAUAACAAGAUGACUCUUAUGCAUUAUCUCUGUAAGGUGCUUGCUGAAAAACUAGGAGAACUUCUCGAUUUCCAUAAAGACCUAGUGAGUUUGGAGGCGGCAAGCAAGAUACAAUUAAAAUACUUGGCAGAGGAAAUGCAAGCUAUCAGUAAAGGACUGGAGAAAGUAGUUCAGGAAUUGACUGCAUCAGAGAAUGAUGGACCUGUGUCAGAAUACUUCUGCCAGAUUCUGAAGGGAUUUCUUUCUUAUGCUGAAUCUGAAGUAAGGUCUUUGGCUCAACUUUAUGCCAACGUGGGUAGAAAUGCAGAUGCAUUGGCUUUAUACUUUGGUGAAGAUCCAGCACGUUGUCCAUUUGAACAAGUUGUAUCUACGCUGCUCAACUUUGUGAGGUUGUUCGUCAAAGCACAUGAAGAAAAUUGCAAGCAGAUUGAACUAGAGAGAAAAAGAGCAGAGAAGGAAGCAGAGAAUGAGAAGUUGAAGCUAGCUGCUGCCAAGAAGGAGUCUGAACAGAUGAUGAGGACCACUAUAAAGAGUGGGGAUAUUAAAUGAUAUGAUCCUUUGAAGGCCUAAAAACAAGAGUUGUUCCACAGUGAUAAAGAUCCCAUGUGGUUGGAUGAAGAAAACCCUUUGCACAAGUGCAAAAUCAUCUUGUUCGUGGCUGCAUUGACAUUGAUGAUGACCCUAUAACUCAAGUUCUCUAAUGAAAGAAAUGUCGUGCUCAUGGCAUAUGGCUGAGGAUUUUGUUCAUGUUAAGUAAUAAGCCUUCUCAAAGCUCAUUUUAUGUUGAUAUGUGUUGUCAUGAGUUUUUAAUUGACAUUCAUUUCAAUCUCAAUUUGUUCCAUGUCAAGCAGAAAAGCAGUUUUAUCGUGGUCACUUCAAUGAGGAGUGGUGAACUGUCAGUGUACAAAUUGAUCUUGUUUUACUCUCCUAGUCAAAAGUUGUGUACUCACAUUAGCGAUGUAAAUGUUAAUCCAGUGGUAUAUCCCCCCUAUAAGAUAGGGCAGUAUUUGGAUUUAA